AUGGUGGUGUUACCGAGGAACAAGAAGUUCUUCUCUCGGCUUCACUGGGCGAGGCUGGGAGUACGUAAGCUGGAUGAAAGUGAGGCUGAGCAGCUUACAGUUAACCUGUUGUUGGCCGCUCUGACUGACAAACAAAGCCUUACUACCCGGUUAGAUAAAGCUCAAAUCCUCCUCGAAGCCGAUGAGUUCGUGACCAGGUACAACCUGCACGAUUCCCGAGACUCGAUCAGAAAGGGUGCCCUCUUAGCCUACGAUCCUCACGAUUACGCUCGCAUCGAUGGACUGACCGACGCCGAGAUCACCGCCUUGCAAAAUGACAAGGUGUACUCUAGUCAGUCACUUUACCGGCACAGCCAUCGAGUGGUCGCUUGA